AUGGGCUCACGCGCCGGGGAGCAGACGCUGGCGAGAGGCGCGCGCACGGGCGAGACGGCAGCGCACGCGCAAGUGCGCUUGCCACACAGAAGACAAACGGCAUGGAAAGUUCCAGAGGGUUCGAGAACCCUAGGCAGCCCCGGGGGCGGGGCAGUAUGCCUUCCGCUUGCCAUUUCCAGACGAGCCCACGGAGCCAUCAUCAGCCAGCAGCCCUUGGGUCGGGGGUCCCAGCGGGGGUCUGCGGAGCGCAGGACGCGGAGCUGUGGCGGGGGCGCGGCGAGGCGGCUUUAUGAAGGGGGUGGGGCCGCCGUGGCCGUUGCCCGCGCGGGGGGCGUGGCUGCCGUCUGCGCAGCUGCUAGCGCCUUUAAGCCCAGGCUUGCGCGGCCACAGCGUGCUUUCGCCGUCCGGGAGCCCUUGAGCCGCCUUUUCUCUCCGCUGCGUCCCGGGAGCCGGCUCGGUCCGGAGCCGCGCGCUGUGCAUUCGGGCAUGCCCCGCUACGAGCUGGCUUUGAUCCUGAAAGCCAUGCAGCGGCCAGAGACUGCUGCUGCUUUGAAACGUAUGAUAGAAGCCUUGAUGGACAGAGGAGCCAUAGUGAGGAACUUGGAAAACCUGGGUGAACGACCGCUUCCUUACAGGAUGGCCGCUCACAAUCAGAAGCACACACGAGGAGGGUAUUUCUUGGUGGAUUUUUAUGCACCAACAACAAGAGUUGAGAAUAUAAUGGAAUAUUUGUCUCGAGAUGUUGAUGUGAUUAGACCAACUGUUGUGAAGCACCCGCUAACUCAAGAAGUAAAGGAGUGUGAAGGGAUUGUCCCAGUCCCACUGGAAGAAAAACUGUAUUUUGUGAAAAAGAAGAAGUAA